AUGUGGGCGGUGAUUUCCUCUUCCUUUCUCUCGCGUACCCAUCCCGAAUGGAACAUUUCUGCCUUGGUACGAGACGAAGAAAAGGCAAAGCAGCUAGCAAAAGUGUACCCUUCUCUCCGCGUCGUCUUGGGAGAUCUUAGCUCUUCCGAUAUCAUCGACGAAGAAGUAAAACAAGCCGACAUCGUCUACCAAAUCGCUAACUGCGAUCACACCGGAGCAGCAGCGACCAUCGCCAAAGGCGCUGCCUACCACACAGCCGAACGCCCCUGCUGGGUUAUCCACACGUCCGGGACAGCCUCUUUGAUUUUUGAAGACACGCGCGCACAGACGCAUGGCAUCGAGCGAACGAAAGAGUACAAUGACUGGGAUGGUGUGGACGAACAGCGCAAUCUCCCGGAUGAUGCAUACCAUCGCGACGUAGAAAAGAUUAUUAUCGCGGCAGGUCAGGUAGAUCCGGCUCGUGUUAAGACUGCCAUCGUGUCGCCUCCGAACGUGUAUGGCCCUGGGCGGGGGGUGUUUAACCAAACGAGUAUGCAGGCAUACUAUCUUUCCCGGAAGGUACUGAAGCGGAAGAAGGGCAUUAUUGUGGGGGAGGGAAAGAAUGUGUGGAGUGAGGUCCAUGUGCAGGAUUUGAGUGAUCUGUUUCUUUUGCUUGGUGAGGCGACUGCAGCAGGAGAGGGUGAUGCUACUUGGGGCGAUGAUGGGUACUACCUCUGUGAGAAUGGAGAGUCUGUCUGGGGAGAGGUAGAGCGGGCUAUUGCUCGGGCUGCUUAUGAGAAGGGGUAUAUUCCUUCUCCGGAGGUUGAGCCACUAGGGGAGGACGAGGUGGUACCCACGAACCUGGGGUAUGGGCUGUACCUAUGGGGAUCGAAUUGUAGGGUACGGUCUAUUCGGGCAAAGAGGCUACUAGGGUGGAAGCCGUUCCGACCUCCUAUGAUGGAGCUGAUUGAGGACAUUGUGGAGGGGGAAGCGCAGGCACUGAAGAAGGAAUAAAG